AUGACGACCGACCUGGCGAAGCCCACACCGAACGCCUUUGCGCAGCCGUUCGCGCUGAGCGCACGGUAUGCCGCCGACCGCGGCGCUGCGCCAAAGGGCGAGGAUGACUUCGUGCCGGACCUCAACGUGCGGCUCAUCUGCCGCGACUGCAAGAUCGACCCGCCAAACCUCACCGAGGAGUUCGACAGCGGCGACCUCGUCUGCUCCGACUGCGGCCUGGUGGUCGGCGAGAACAUCAUCGACACCCGAUCAGAAUGGCGAACCUUUGCCAACGAGGACGGCGACGACCCUUCGCGUGUCGGUUCGGCGGGCAACCCGCUCCUCGACGGCAUCAACGAGCAGCUCGAGUCGCGCAUCGGCCAUCGCGACGGCGGAUCGGGCGCCUCGCGCGACCUGCUGCGCACGGCGGGCCGGGCGACGGGCAGCCGGGACCGCAACAUGCUCGACGCCUUCGAGGACAUCCAGCGCAAGUGCGACUCGAUCCACCUCCCGCGCAGCGUCUCGGACGUGGCCAAGCAGGCCUAUCGCCGAGUCGAGGAGGAAAAGAUCCUGCGCGGCAAGAAGCCCGACGCCAUCAUCGCCGCCGCCAUCUACGUGGCGUGCAAGAUGAGCCACGUGCCGCGUACCUUCCCCGAAAUCUGCUCCCUCACCAGCGUGUCGAAGAAGCACAUCGGUCAGUGUUUCAAGGAGAUGCAGCAGGCCUUUGGCCUCAACGCCACGGGCACCGGCUCGGUCGACGGCUCGCGCGCCAACGGCGACGGCGGCUCCGGCACCUCGACGCCGCUCGGCAUCGGCCCCACGGGCGCCGCCGACCUGGUGGGACGGUACUGCAACCACCUCGGCCUCGAGAUGCCCGUCGUCCGCUCCACCGAGGACAUCACGGCCCGCGUGCGCGAGCUCGGCGUGCUCGCCGGCCGCAGCCCGAUCACCAUUGCCGCCGCGUGCAUCUACUUUUCCACGAUGCUCUGGGGCAUCAACAAGGGCGCAAAGAAGAUCAGCCAGGCCGCAGGCGUCAGCGACGUCACGAUCAAGAACUCGUUCAAGGAGCUCCUCAAGCACAAGGAGGCCAUCGCCACGCCCGAGAUCCUCAAGAAGAGCCCCAAGAUGGAUCUCUCCCGCCUGACCCUCUAG